GGAAGUGUGUGCGCCGCGGGCCGCCUUGGUUACCGCGUUCUCCGCCCUUCGCUACGUCAUCGCUCCGAGCCCGCGAUCCGCUGCCCGCUUGGGCGCCGCCCGAGACCGUGGGGCUCCGGUUGCCGCCCCCUCAGGAGCCACCAUGUUGGUGAUACCCCCCGGACUGAGCGAGGAGGAGGAGGCUCUGCAGAAGAAAUUCAACAAACUCAAGAAAAAGAAAAAGGCAUUGCUGGCUCUGAAGAAGCAAAGCAGCAGCAGCACAGCCAGCCAAGGCGGUGUCAAACGCUCACUGUCAGAGCAGCCUGUGGUGGACACAGCCACGGCAACAGAGCAGGCAAAGCAGCUGGUGAAGUCAGGAGCCAUCAGUGCCAUCAAGGCUGAGACCAAGAACUCAGGCUUCAAACGUUCUCGGACCCUAGAGGGGAAGUUAAAGGACCCUGAGAAGGGGCCAGUCCCCACUUUCCAACCGUUCCAGAGGAGCAUAUCUGCCGAUGAUGAUCUGCAGGAGUCGUCUAGACGUCCACAGAGGAAAUCUCUGUAUGAGAGCUUUGUGUCUUCCAGUGAUCGGCUUCGGGAACUGGGGCCAGAUGGAGAAGAGGCAGAGGGCCCAGGGGCUGGUGAUGCCCCCCCUCGAAGCUUUGACUGGGGCUACGAAGAACGUGGCGGUGCCCGCUCCUCAGCCUCCCCUCCCCGAAGCCGCAGCCGGGACCGCAGCCGUGAGCGGAACCGGGACAGAGACCGGGAACGGGAUCGAGACCGGGAGCGGGAGCGGGACAGAGACCGCGAUCGAGACCGGGACAGGGACCGGGACCGAGACCGGGACAGGGACCGGGACCGAGAGGGCCCUUUCCGCAGGUCGGACUCGUUCCCUGAACGCCGGGCCCCUCGGAAGGGGAACACUCUCUAUGUGUAUGGGGAAGACAUGACACCCACCCUCCUCCGUGGGGCCUUCUCUCCCUUUGGAAACAUCAUUGACCUCUCCAUGGACCCACCCAGAAACUGUGCCUUCGUCACCUAUGAAAAGAUGGAGUCAGCAGAUCAGGCCGUUGCUGAGCUCAACGGGACCCAAGUGGAGUCCGUACAGCUCAAAGUCAGCAUUGCCCGAAAACAGCCCAUGCUGGACGCUGCCACUGGCAAGUCUGUCUGGGGCUCCCUGGCUGUCCAGAAUAGCCCUAAGGGUUGCCACCGGGACAAGAGGACCCAGAUUGUCUACAGUGAUGACGUCUAUAAGGAAAACCUUGUGGACGGCUUCUAGGGAGUGGAGCUGGAUUCCGUGUGCCUCAUCUGCCCCAACGCUGGUCUCAGUAAAACACUGAGGUGGAAGCUCACACAUCUCCCUCAGCCUCUGGUUUUUCAGCACUUGGGAUUGGGGUUGAGCCUUUAAAAACGGCUGUUAGAUUUGAUCUCAGUUGUAACAACAUGGUCAGUGCACGCUCCCUGCUCCUUUACCCCAAAAGGAUCUUGAACACAGGUGUUGUCGUAGUUGUUUUAAUUUGCUCUCAUGCCCCUUUCCAACAGGAAACCCCUUAUAGAAAACCCAGAUCCUCAUCUUGGAGUUUUUCCUUGAGCCAGGGCAGCACUUGGUAGAGGUUGAUGUGAAAGUCUCGGGCGUAAGCAGGUACCUGUUGCUGCCGCUUGCAGACAUCCACAACGCCCCAGCUGAUCACACCAACCUG